CUUCACAGAUACUGAUUUUAUAAAAGAGAGAUUUCGAUUUAAACAAGGGUAUCUUUAAUUUGAAUCCGAAAAAUGUCGACGGACUUGGUAAAGAGAAAGAUGGUGACAGUGUUGAGCAUUGAUGGAGGUGGCGUUAGAGGCAUAAUUCCCAGCACCAUCCUGGCCUUUCUUGAAUCCAAGCUUCAGCAACUGGAUGGCCCCGAUGCAAGAAUUGCAGAUUACUUUGACAUAAUUGCCGGAACAAGCACCGGUGGUCUUGUCACCACCAUGCUUACAGCUCCCAACAAGGACAACCGACCCAUGUAUGAAGCCAAGGACAUCAAUAAAUUCUAUCUAGACCAGAGUCCAAAGAUUUUUCCUCAGGGCAGUCGAAAUAACUUAUUGACAUCAAUAAAAAGUAUGGUUGACGAGGCAAAGGGGCCAAAAUAUGAUGGGAAGUACCUGCGCACAUUGACUCAUGGGCUGCUUGGUGACCUCACUCUCAAACAGACUCUAACCAAUGUGGUUAUACCAGCUUUUGAUAUCAAGUACCUUCAGCCUGUGGUCUUCUCAACCAUUGAUGCAAAAGAAAGUAGUUUGAAGAAUGCCAAGCUUUCCGAUGUUUGCGUCAGUACCUCUGCAGCUCCCACUUUUCUCCCGGCACACUACUUCGAGGUCAAGGAUGACGCGGGAAGGACUCGCACUUUUAAUCUUGUUGAUGGUGGGGUUGCCGCUAACAAUCCUACAAUGAUGGCCAUAAGCCACAUAAACAGAGAGAUGUUGAAGCACAACUCAGAUCCGAUAGAUGCGACGAGGUUGCAGGUGCUAUCAUUGGGCACAGGUGCAGCCAAGCUUGAAGAGAAGUACAGUGCAGCCAUAGCCUCCAAAUGGGGUUUGAUCAAUUGGCUGUUUCACAAUGGGAGCACACCUUUGGUAGACUUUUUUGCCGAUGCAAGUUCUGAUAUGGUUGACUUUCAUGUGUCCACCCUCUUCCAAUGCCUCCAGGCCAAGGACAACUAUCUACGUAUUCAGGAUGACUCGUUGACUGGCGACGAAGCAUCGCUUGAUAUUGCAACAGAGAAGAAUCUAAGGAGGCUUGUGGAGAUUGGAAAUGCACUGUUGAAGAAGCCAGUGUCACGGGUGCAAUUGGAUACUGGAAAGUAUGAGGAAUGUGAAGGAGAGGGCACCUAUGAAGAUGCUCUGAUCAAGUUUGCUAAAACGAUCUCCGAGGGAAGGAAGCUCAGAUAAAAUAAAACAAUAGAUUGCUUGCAAUGUCUUCAUUAAUUUUAUUAUUUUCUCUGUCAUGAUCCUCAAUUCAAAAAUAAAGAAUCACUGCACCCAGAUGGGUUUCAUUUCC